AUGACCAAACAUAACUUUCCUGCUUUGAUCGGGUGUAAAAUCGGAGACGGCUUUGUGGUCAGUUUUGGGGGUCCCAGACUGAAAAAGGUCGUGAACCCCUGCUCUAUGGGACGAUGCCAGUUCACUUUCCUCACAGGAUGCUCUGGUGAAACCCGUGUUUGUGCUGAUGACAAACGGAAGUCAGCGAACAGGUCCGUCAUGUCGGCCAAAGCUAUCUCGGAGCAGACGGGAAAAGAGUUUCUCUACAAAUACAUCUGCACUGAAGCCGCCAUUCAGAACAAGUUUCGCUUUGCACAAGUUACCGCUGAGACUGACUUCGACCGACUGGCCCAAGAGCACCCAUGGCUGCGGACAGAGGAGGAGGAAUUCUACGUCUGCAUCUACGCCACUCGUGAAGGGGACUACGUUCUCUUCCAUCACGAGGGAGGGGUGGAUGUGGGGGAUGUGGACGCCAAGGCCAAGAAGCUGCUGAUUGGAGUAGACGAGAAAAUCAGCGAAGAGUCGGUGAAAAAGGCUCUCCUGACGCAGGCCUCCAACGACAAGAAAGAUGACACCAUUUGUGACCUGGGAGGAGUGGACGAACUCGCAAACUAUGGGGAAUAUUCCGGAGCCCCAAGCGAACAGCAAACCUACGAUUACGCCAAAACCAUCCUCUCGCUCAUGACCAGGGAGAAGCACAAAGACGCUAAAGCGACGACCCUGUUCUCCAAGCACACCAAGUCAAUCGUGUGGGGGAUGCAGACCCGCGCGGUGCAGGGCAUGAUGGACUUUGACUACGUCUGCUCCAGGAGCGAGCCCUCUGUGGCAGCCAUGGUCUACCCUUUCACAUCUGUGUAUGACGACCUCGUAGCCAGAGGUGUAAUAGUUCCUGCUGAAGAGAUGCCUCCCCCCACGGUGCCAAUGGACUAUUCCUGGGCUAGAAAACCCAACCUCAUCCUGAACGUAGACGGCUUCAUUGGUGUGGCUUUCGUGGACUUGCUCCGGACGUGUGGAGGAUUUACAAGGUUCCUUUUGGUGCAGCUGAAGGAUUUCUGUGGCGAGUUCCUGAAGAAGAAACUAAGUCUGACCAACUGCGUGGCGGUGCACAGCCUGGCGCACAUGUACACUUUGGACCAAUUGGCUUUACGGGCGGCCGACAUGAUCCGACGCAACUUUCACAAGGUUAUCCAAGACGACGAGUUCUACACGCUGCCCUUCCACCUGGUCCGCGACUGGCUUUCGGAUGCAGAGAUAACCGUAGAUUCUGAGGAGGUCCUGUUUGAAGCCGUGGUGAAAUGGGUGCAGAAAAACUCAGAAGACAGAAGUCGGUAUUUCGAAGAGUUGUUCCGACUGCUAAGACUACCGCAGAUAAAGCCAACAUACUUGACGAGAAUUGUGAAAAACGAGCAGCUUGUAGCGUCCAACGAAGCUUGCUUAAAGCUGGUGUCGGAGGCAGUGGAGGGGCACGCCAUCCGGUUUGAGAACCUUAAAUCGGCUGAUAUGGAGUUGUGGUCUUCGCACAUGGCUUCUUUCCAGCCACGCUUUGGCCAAAACAUGGAUGUUAUAAUGGUAGUGGGAGGGGUUUCUGAGGGCGGGGACUACUUGAGCGAGUGCGUUGGCUAUUUCAUAUACGAAGAUAGAUGGGUGAACUUGCCGCACAUACACAAUCAUUUGGACGGGCACGCCAUCGCUGCAACCGAAACUCACGUGUAUGUCGCGGGGUCGAUGGAGCCCGGGUUUGCGAAGACUGUGGAAAGGUACAACCCGAAUCGCAAUACGUGGGAGCAGGUCAGCAACUUGACCACUCGGAAGCAUUCGUUCGGGCUCACGUGCAUCAAGGACAUCUUGUACAGCAUCGGUGGGCACGGAAACUUCAGCCCUGGCUUUAAAGACGUGAGCGUGUACGAGCCGGAGCAAGACAAGUGGCAUAAUUUGGAAUCUGCGCCUAAGAUUUUGCGCGACGUGAAGGCUAUAAGCGUCGAAGACCGGUUUGUUUAUGUCACCGCGCGCACCCCAGUUGACACAGACAAUGACGACGGGCUCAAGACGGUGACGACGCGAUACGAUACGGACAGCCGCCAGUGGCAAGAUGUGGACUCGUUGCCGCUCAUCGACAACUACUGCAUUUUCCAGAUGGCGGUAGCAUCUACGAAUUUCUACCACACGGCUUCAUGCUGUCCCAAAAGUUACACCGUGCGCGAUGAAGUGGCCCGACUGAAGAUCAGCGCCCGCAUAUCGGACGAGAUCCUGGAAAGCUUGCCCCCGGAGGUGACCAGCAUCGAAGGAGCGGCCAUUUGCCACUUUGACGAAGACGUGUUCAUCAUCGGCGGGUGGAAGAACAGCGACGACGUGGACAAGCAGUAUCGUAAAGAGGCCUACCGGUACUGCGCGGAGAGGAAGCGCUGGAUGCUUUUGCCACCCAUGCCCCAGCCGCGGUGCAGGGCCACGGCUUGCCACGUUCGCAUACCGUACCGCUUCCUCUACGGCUGCCAGCGUUACCCCAUGCCUCAGAAUCUGGCGCGCCAACGAGACCGGAUGCAACAGAUGCAGCAGCUUCACAGGCGCACUCUAACCCUCCGUCGCCAGCUACAAUCACAAAUCGAAUGUUAG